CCUUUACAUUCUUGUUUUCGAUAUUAAAAUUUCACAACUAAAAGUCAUUAAAUCAAUCUAUGGCAGCAGGUGGAACAGAAGCUUUCCCAGAUUUGGGUAAACAUUGUCAACAUCGUCAUUGUAACCAGCUCGAUUUCCUUCCUUUCACUUGUGAUGGUUGCAAACAGGUGUUUUGUGUGGAACAUAGAUCCUACAAAUCUCAUGAAUGUUCGAAAUCCGACAUCAACAGCAGAAAAGUGGUUGUUUGUGAAGAAUGUUCAAUGUCCAUGGAGAUCACGGGCAACAUGGGAGAAAACGAAGAUAGGAUCUUGAAGAAGCACCAGAGUUCAGGGAAAUGUGACCCCAACAAGAAGAAGAAACCAAUUUGUCCUGUGAAACGUUGCAAGGAGGUUUUGACAUUUUCAAACACCAGUACCUGUAAAACUUGCCUCACGAAAGUGUGUCUCAAGCAUCGUUUUUCGGCUGAUCAUGCUUGUAGCACAGGAGAUUCGACUUCGUCUUCAGCAACCAUUGUUGGAAAUGGAAGAUGGAAUAAUAGGUUUUUGGCUUCUUUGGCUUCAAGAAAUGGUCAAGAUUGUGCCAAAAAACCAGGAACUCGUUCUACUACUUCUCCUCCUAGUACUCCUUCUGUUAAGGCUUGUUGAUUAUGUAUUGUUUAAUGUGUUAAUACAUUUGAGUAUUGUGUGGUUUGAUGUAUUUGGAAUGAUACACUGCUUUUAAGUGCAAUUUGAAUACUAAAACUUACAUUACAUCCAUAAA